AUGGAUGGCCUCUGCUGUGCUGUUGCUUGGGUGCACAAAAGUGCCACCUUGAUGAAACGAAGUACUUGCUCCUCUGGGUAUUCUUCCACAUCUGGAUCUACAAUUUCCAAAAGCCUCCCUUCUUCUCGCAGCUUCCAUGUCUGCAGCCAUUCCACAAGGACAUGCAUAUCUUCCCCCCAAGUCGAUUUGCUGCUGCUUUCACCACUUAUAACUUCAAGAAGCAGCACCCCAAAACUAUAUAUGUCUGCUUUCUUGGUUAACUGUCCCAAUAAUGCAUACUCUGGAGCCAAGUAA